AUGCUGGUUCCGGUGUUUGUUCUCAUGCUGCUAGCAGGGGAAAUGGAUGCAUUCACCUGUGGCUGCUGGCGCGCCCUCACAAACUUCUCCCCAAACUCCAACCACAACUCUUCAUCCAACGGCUCUCAGCUCUCCUCAUCCAACGGCUCCCCUAUAAGCAACCACGGCUGUUGCUUCCAGGAAACCGACCUGGACCAGAACCGGAUCCCCCUCCCUCCCCUCCGUGAGAUCUCUCUCAACAACGCAUCUGGACUGUUGAAAGCACCACCUGGAUCGCCAUCAACGGCGUGUGGUUCACCUGCUGGAUUGCACCAAAAGGGGGUGCUGAAAUCCCUGCACGGCGCUCCUGCUGGGAGCCUGGCUGUUCGACUGGCAGAGCUGAUGGCGGGGAUUGGGUCGCCUGAGGAGAUGGCUCGCCUGUGGCUCGAAGUCAUGCAAGAGGUAUGUGUGCAUGAGGUGUCUGGUUCACCUGCUGGGUCGUACGGAAAGGUGGUGCUGAAAUUCCUGCACGGCGGCCCUGCUGGGAGCCUGGCUGUGCGACGGGGAUUGGAUCGCCUGAAGAGACGGCUCGCCUGUGGCUUGAAGUCAUGCAAGAGGUAUCAUGGUACCUGUGGGGUGCGUGAUCAGUGGGAGGAGGGAAUCGCCAUCCCGCAUGUGUUUGCAGACAUGGAGGGGGCGGACGUGGGCGUGUGUGGCGUGCUGCAGCAAUGGCAGGUUCACGAUCGGUGGGAAGAGGGCAUCGCGAUCCCACACGUGUAUGCAGACAGGGAGGGGCCCGACGUGGGGGUGUGUGGCGUGCUGCAGCAGUGGCAGGUUCGCUAUCGGUGGGAGGAGGGGAUCGCCAUCCCGCACGUGUUUGCAGACAAAGAGGGGCCGGACGUGGGCGUGUGUGGUGUGCUGCAGCAGUGGCAGGUGCUCAACUGCGCCGUGGCCCAGAAGCGGCAUAGGCAUUCAGGAGCACCUGCCUCACGUGAAUUGCCCUUUCUCAUGCCUCUACAAAAUUAUUCCCUGUUCGCGCUGCAGGUUCGCGAUCGGUGGGAGGAAGGAAUCGUGAUCCCACACGUGUAUGCAGACAGGGAGGGGCCGGACGUGGGGGUGUGUGGCGUGCUGCAGCAGUGGCAGGUGCUCAACUGUGCCAUGGCCCGGAAGCGGUGGCGCAGGGCACGAGUGCGGGAUCGGUGGGAGGAGGGGAUCGCCAUCCCACACGUGUUUGCAGACAAAGAGGGGCCGGACGUGAGCGUGUGUGGCGUGCUGCAGCAGUGGCAGGUGCUCAACUGUGCCAUGGCCCGGAAGCGGUGGCGCAGGGCACGAGUGCGGGAUCGGUGGGAGGAGGGGAUCGCCAUCCCACACGUGUUUGCAGACAAAGAGGGGCCGGACGUGAGCGUGUGUGGCGUGCUGCAGCAGUGGCAGGUGCUCAACUGUGCCGUGGCCCGGAAGCGGUGGCGCAAGGCACGAGUCAGCAGCGACAUUCAGAAGCACCUGCAGCAGCAGCACCUGCAGCAGCCAGACUGCUUCCCCUUCUUCUCGGAAACAGCUUCUGGGGAUUUCGGGCGGUUCGAACCGACGCUGUGCAAGACGUGUGGGAGUUACAAUCUGUCCGAAGUGCUGCUGGAAAUUCCGCUGGAAUCACCGGUGCGAUCGCCACCAUGUGGAUCGCCGCGAGGCGGAUCCCCCGGGUGUUUUGCCGAGGAGAACGGGCGUGUGCUGAGGCAAGAUUGUGGCAGUGAAACAGGGGGGAUGCGCCUGCUGAUGACAGGGGCGCGCAUGUGUGUGCCGGAGGUGCAGGAUGGGCUGCUGAUCACGAGCAUGUACAUAGCAGAGCUGGAAGAGGCCGUCAUGCACACCGGCAGCCUCAACAUCGCCCACAAGAGGCUCUUCUCCGACAUGCAGGCGUUCAAGGUGCGCUGUGAAAGGGGGAAAACGCGGCUCCUGGUGACGGGGGUGCGCAUGUGCGUGCCGGGGGUGCAGGAUGGGCCUCUGAUCACAAGCAUGUACCUAGAAGAGCUGGAAGAAGCCGUCAUGCACAUGCAGGCCUUCAAGGCUGCCAAUCCAGGAUGCAUAUUGGAGGACUUUGUGCGAUGGUACUCGCCUGCUGACUGGUCGAGUGACGCACCUUCCACCAGAAUGGGAGGAGGGGGAGCGGAGGGAGGAGUGGGAGGGGAUGCGGGAGGCACAGGAGGGGAGGGUAACGAUUCUAGUGGCUCGAGUGAUGAGGAGGGAUGUGUGCAAGGAAAGGGAGAGCGCAGCACGAUUGGAUACCUGAGCACACGCAUGUCAGGCCCAGACAACAAGUGGAGGCUGUAUUGGAGCGAAGCCAAGCCCAUGCCAGCCCUCCUGCAGCCGCCUCUCUUCGACGAGUGUGAGGCCGGGGCAAGGAGCUUGGAGUAUCUGGAGAACAUCAGUCCGUCAGAGCUCUUCAUUCAACUCUUCACCUGCCUCGUGUCUGUGGGUUGCUCGGCAGCGCUUCAAGUGGCUCCCUUUGUGCGAGAGAGCAGCAGCAAGGCCACAUUGGAAGAUGCUGUGAAGUACAUCUUGCAUGCGUGCAGGCGGCACAUGACACAGGACAGAAUGCGUUACAUCUGCAUGGUUUACGAGGCAAUGGAGCAAAUCAUCACCGACAAUGAACGGUCAAUCACUCCAGGAAACACUUCAACACCAACAGCACCAAGCACGUCUAUCUUGCCUAUUCUCAACUCUAGUGCCAGAGCAGCAGAGGAGCCUGGGGCGCAGACUUUGGACAACGACUGGAGUGUCGAGUUUGAGAGCGGUUGUGAUGAGUCUCGGGUUGGUGGUGGGAGGGAGCGGGGGUGUGGUGACUUUGUUGCCGGUCGUAAGAAGCAUGGUGGUGUGGGGGGACAGGUGGAGGGUGGAUAUGCUGUGGAGCAUAAGGGGAGUGUGUUUGGGUUUCUGAAUGGAGACAGCUCGGGGCAGUACCAGUGUGUGGAGAAUACUGAGGAGGAGAGGGCUCGAAAAUCAUGUGACAACUGGGCCUGCUUUUGA